CUGUUGUGUAGUCGCAGCGUGUGCUGCUAUUUUAACAGUAUUGACAUUAUACCUGCAAUUGCCCGGGCACCGUGUGAUCUGUCCCUGUCAGCACCUGCACUCAGAUCAUGAUUUUACAAGGACACAGCAACAUGAAUAUGAACCCCAGCGCCAAUCUUCAUACCCACCAACCUGCCUGGACCGGCCCUUACACUGCGUGUGAUGGAUUCUUCAGUGGCCAGUGGCAUGAGAUUCACCCUCAAUACUGGACCAAGUUCCACGUCUGGGAAUGGCUGCAGCAGCUCAUGGACACCAACCAGCUGGACGCGAGCUGCAUCCCCUUCCAGGAGUUUGACAUCACAGGGGAGCUUCUGUGUGGGAUGACCCUCCAGGACUUCACCCAAGCAGCCGGCUCGGCUGGGCACAUCCUAUACAACAACGUGCAGCAUCUCAAGUGGCACGGUCACUGUGAUAGCCAAAUGCUGCAGACGUUCAACGUUGUCAUAAAGACGGAACAAGCAGAACACCAUUCAAUCACCCCUUGGAAAGACGAUAGCUACUUAUACGACAACAGCUAUGAAGAACUCUACGAAGACAAAGCAUUUUGUCGAAAUCAGCUGUCCGUGGCAUCGUCUAAUCCCUACGCCGUAGAGCAUGUGGAGGCUGACGUAAAGAAAACUCACGACCAUCCCCAGAAACCCGGCUCCAAGAAGCACAACCCCCGGGGCACCCACUUGUGGGAAUUUAUCCGGGACAUCCUGCUUACUCCAGAAAGAAACCCCGGUUUGAUAAAAUGGGAAGACCGAUCCGAGGGGGUCUUCCGGUUCCUGAAGUCCGAAGCAGUUGCUCAGCUGUGGGGGAAAAAGAAAAACAACAGCAGCAUGACGUACGAAAAGCUGAGCCGCGCCAUGAGGUACUAUUACAAGAGAGAGAUCUUGGAGCGCGUGGACGGCAGAAGGUUAGUGUACAAGUUCGGGAAGAACGCUCGCGGAUGGAAGGAAAAUGACAGCUGAAGCCCCUACGGAUUUGGAAGAAAAGACAAUUUUAUUUAUGUAAAAAAAAAAAGAUAUAUAAGAAAAAAAAAAAACAAGAAGAAGAAAAUAAUAACUUCAAAGGAACGAUACAGACGUCGGUGCUGAUGAAGCUAUUUCUCUUUUAUUUUUCGGAAGAGACAUGUACACAGUUUUCUGUGAAAUGUGGCAUUAUUGUAUGUUAUUGAUAUACCGCAUUGGUUUUUUGGGUGGGAAUCGUAAGAUUUUGUUAUAAGAUGAAUGAAAAGUUUGUAUUAUAAAGUAUGUAGUGUUCAGCUGGCCUCCUGCCACCUGCUCCUAUGAAUAAUUCUCAGCGUCACCUCCUGUGUAUACACAAACACCCUAUAACGUGUCCUCAAACAUUUGGGCCGGUUUUAUUAAAAGGAUCAACAAAUAAGAUUUAUUUGCUUCACAUAUUUCUCUCAUUCAGCAAAUCAGCUGUUGUGUUUCCUAACUUCAGAGAAGUGGCGCCUGUUGGCUUUUGUGCAUGAACGGAUCACCUGUUCCAAAGUAUUCUUCACUUAAGGUUGUGUCUAGCCCAUGCAUACAGAAGAACUUCCCAGAGCUCUCCCUCUUUUGGUGGAGUGUUUUAGGCCAUGCCUAGAUAGUCUUGAGCAGGAGGGAAAGUGAGUAAGGAGUAGGCAUGCCCAAGAAAAAAAAAAAAAGAAGAAAGUGACCCGGAGACCCAGGGAAGCAUCACCCUACCCAGAGACUCCGGGUCAAACCCAGG